AUGGGACCACCAACGCCGAUUCUCCGCUUCUCGGCCGACGCGACCCUCUUUUAUUGUUGGGUCGACAUGCAAGCCACGACGUCUCCGGUGGCAUUCUGCCGCAGCGGUACGACUGCCGCCUGUUUGAAUCCCGGGUCGUCCAACUGCCACUGCGGCGGCGACCCAGCGCAGACGAGCGAGAGCUUUCUGCGCUUCUUGACGCCACUCGCCGUCGCGAUUGGGGUCUUCCUCUUGCACGUCAUUUGGCAACGGGUCGUCCGGCGGCUGCCUGCGUACCAGCGCGCGCAUCGCCAAUGGCACGAGAAGGAGCAGAUCAUCAACGCCGCUAUCGUUAUGCCCAUGUUUGUGCCCGUGGACGAGCCGGUGGGGCUGCCCCAGCUGCUCGCCGCGCUGGACGCUUGCCGGAUCCACGAAGCGGUUGUCUCGACCGACGCGAUCGAGGUGACGCUGCCUCGAUGUUUCACGGCGCCCUCGCUACCAACAUCGUCCAGUCCCCCAUGA